AUGCAUCUUGUCUCUUCUCCAAACACAGACUUCCCUGCAAUAAGCACUGCAGAUUUAAGCACAGAUGUCCCUGCCACAAGCACAGAACCUGGAACUUCCACAGACCUUUCAUCUUCUCCAACCACAGAACUCCCUACCACAAGCACUGAACCUGGAACUUCCACAGACCUUGUGUCUUCUCCAACCACAGAACUCUCUACCACAAGCACUGAACCUGGAACUUCCACAGACCUUGUGUCUUCUCCAACCACAGAACUCCCUACCACAAGCACUGAACCUGAAACUUCCACAGGCCUUGUGUCUUCUCCAACCACAGAACUCCCUACCACAAGCACUGAACCUGAAACUUCCACAGACCUUGUGUCUUCUCCAACCACAGAACUCCCUACCACAAGCACUGAACCAGGAACUUCCACAGAUCUUUCGUCCUCUCCAACCACAGAACUCCCUACCACAAGCAAAGAACCUGGAACUUCCACAGACCUUUCGUCUUCUCCAACCCAAGAACUCCCUACCACAAGCACUGAACCGGGAACUUCCACAGACCUUGUGUCUUCUCCAACCACAGAACUCCCUACCACAAGCACUGAACCUGAAACUUCCACAGACCUUGGUUCUUCUCCAACCACAGAACUCCUUAACACAAGCACUGAACCUGAAACUUCCACAGACCUUGUGUCUUCUCCAACCACAGAACUCCCUACCACAAGCACUGAACCAGGAACUUCCACAGAUCUUUCGUCCUCUCCAACCACAGAACUCCCUACCACAAGCACUGAAUCGGGAACUUCCAUAGACCUUGUGUCUUCUCCAACCACAGAACUCCCUACCACAAGCACUGAACCAGAAACUUCCACAGACCUUGGUUCUUCUCCAACCACAGAACUCCCUACCACAAGCACUGAACCUGAAACUUCCACAGACCUUGUGUCUUCUCCAACCACAGAACUCCCUACCACAAGCACUGAACCAGGAACUUCCACAGAUCUUUCGUCUUCUCCAACCACAGAACUCCCUACCACAAGCACUGAACCUGGAACUUCCACAGACCUUUCGUCUUCUCCAACCACAGAACUCCCUACCACAAGCACUGAACCGGGAACUUCCACAGACCUUGUGUCUUCUCCAACCACAGAACUCCCUACCACAAGCACUGAAACUGGAACUUCCACAGACCUUGGUUCUUCUCCAACCACAGAACUCCCUACCACAAGCACUGAACCUGAAACUUCCACAGGCCUUGUAUCUUCUCCAACCACAGAACUCCCUACCACAAGCACUGAACCAGGAACUUCCACAGACCUUGUGUCUUCUCCAACCACAGAACUCCCUACCACAAGCACUGAACCUGAAACUUCCACAGACAUUUCGUCUUCUCCAACCACAGAACUCCCUACCACAAGCACUGAACCUGGAACUUCCACAGACCUUUCGUCUUCUCCAACCACAGAACUCCCUACCACAAGCACUGAACCUGAAACUUCCACAGACCUUGUGUCUUCUCCAACCACAGAACUCCCUACCACAAGCACUGAACCAGGAACUUCCACAGACCUUGUGUCUUCUCCAACCACAGAACUCCCUACCACAAGCACUGAAACUGGAACUUCCACAGACCUUUCGUCUUCUCCAACCACAGAACUCCCUACCACAAGCACUGAACCUGGAACUUCCACAGACCUUUCGUCUUCUCCAACCACAGAACUCCCUACCACAAGCACUGAACCUGGAACUUCCACAGACCUUGUGUCUUCUCCAACCACAGAACUCCCAACCACAAGCACUGAACCUGAAACUUCCACAGACCUUGUGUCUUCUCCAACCACAGAACUCCCUACCACAAGCACUGAACCAGGAACUUCCACAGACCUUUCGUCUUCUCCAACCACAGAACUCCCUACCACAAGCACUGAACCUGGAACUUUCACAGACCUUUCGUCUUCUCCAACCACAGAACUCCCUACCACAAGCACUGAACCGGGGACUUCCACAGACCUUGUGUCUUCUCCAACCACAGAACUCCCUACCACAAGCACUGAACCUGGAACUUCCACAGACCUUGUGUCUUCUCCAACCACAGAACUCCCUACCACAAGCACUGAACCUGGAACUUCCACAGACCUUGUGUCUUCUCCAACCACAGAACUCCCUACCACAAGCACUGAACCUGGAACUUCCACAGACCUUGUGUCUUCUCCAACCACAGAACUCCCUACCACAAGCACUGAACCAGGAACUUCCACAGACCUUGUGUCUUCUCCAACCACAGAACUCCCUACCACAAGCACUGAACCUGAAACUUCCACAGACUUUGUAUCUUCUCCAACCACAGAACUCCCUACCACAGGCACUGAACCUGAAACUUCCACAGACCUUGUGUCUUCUCCAACCACAGAACUCCCUACCACAAGCACUGAACCUGGAACUUCCACAGACCUUGUGUCUUCUCCAACCACAGAACUCCCUACCACAAUCACUGAACCUGGAACUUCCACAGACUUUGUGUCUUCUCCAAUCACAGAACUCCCUACCACAAGCACUGAACCUGGAACUUCCACAGACCUUGUGUCUUCUCCAACCACAGAACUCCCUACCACAAGUACUCAACCUGGAACUUCCACAGACCUUGUGACUUCUCCAACCACAGAAAUCCCUACAACAAUCAAUGAACCUGGAACUUCAACAGACCUUGUGUCUUCUCCAACCACAGAACUCCCUACCACAAUCACUGAACCUGGAACUUUCACAGACCUUGUGUCUUCUCCAACCACAGAACUCCCUACUACAAGCACUGAACCUGGAACUUCCACAGACCUUGUGUCUUCUCCAACCACAGAACUCCCUACCACAAUCACUGAACCUGGAACUUUCACAGACCUUGUGUCUUCUCCAACCACAGAACUCUCUACUACAAGCACUGAACCUGGAACUUCCACAGACCUUGUGUCUUCUCCAACCACAGAACUCCCUACCACAAGCACUGAACCUGGAACUUCCACAGACCUUGUGUCUUCUCCAACCACAGAAAUCCCUACAACAAUCACUGAACCUGGAACUUCCACAGACCUUGUGUCUUCUCCAACCACAGAACUCCCUACCACAAGCACUGAACCUGGAACUUCCACAGACCUUGUGUCUUCUCUAACCACAGAACUCCCUACUACAAGUACUGAACCUGGAACUUCCACAGACCUUGUGUCCUCUCCAACCACAGAACUCUUUACCUCAAGCAAUGAACCUGGAACUUCCACAGACCUUGUGUCUUCUCCAACCACAGAACUCCCUACCACAAUCACUGAACCUAGAACUUCCACAGAUCUUUCAUCUUCUCCAACCACAGAACUCCCAACCACAAGCACUGAACCUGGAACUUCCACAGACCUUGUGUCUUCUCCAACCACAGAACUCUCUACCACAAGCACUGAACCUGGAACUUCCACAGACCUUGUGCCUUCUCCAACCACAGAACUCCCUACCACAAGCACUGAACCUGGAACUUCCACAGACCUUGUGUCUUCUCCAACCACAGAACUCCCUACCACAAGCACUGAACCUGAAACUUCCACAGGCCUUGUGUCUUCUCCAACCACAGAACUCCCUACCACAAACACUGAACCUGGAACUUCCACAGACCUUGUGUCUUCUCCAACCACAGAACUCCCUACCACAAGCACUGAACCUGAAACUUCCACAGACCUUGUGUCUUCUCCAACCACAGAACUCCCUACCACAAACACUGAACCUGGAACUUCCACAGACCUUGUGUCUUCUCCAACCACAGAACUCCCUACAACAAGCAAUGAAUCUGGAACUUCCACAGACCUUGUGUCUUCUCCAACCACAGAACUCCCUACCACAAGCACUGAACCUGGAACUUCCACAGACCUUGUGUCUUCUCCAAACACAGAACUCCCUACCACAAGCACUGAACCAGGAACUUCUACAGACCUUUCGUCUUCUUCAACCACAGAACUCCCUACCACAAGCACUGAACCUGAAACUUCCACAGACCUUGUGUCUUCUCCAACCACAGAACUCCCUACCACAAACACUGAACCUGGAACUUCCACAGACCUUGUGUCUUCUCCAACCACAGAACUCCCUACAACAAGCAAUGAAUCUGGAACUUCCACAGACCUUGUGUCUUCUCCAACCACAGAACUCCCUACCACAAGCACUGAACCUGGAACUUCCACAGACCUUGUGUCUUCUCCAACCACAGAACUCCCUACCACAAGCACUGAACCAGGAACUUCGACAGACCUUUCAUCUUCUCCAACCACAGAACUCCCUACCACAAUAACUGAACCUGGAACUUCCAUAGACUUUUUGUCUUCUCCAAUCACAGAACUCCCUACCACAAGCACUGAACCUGGAACUUCCACAUACCUUGUGUCUUCUCCAACCACAGAACUCCUUACCACAAGCACUGAACCUGGAACUUCCACAGAUCUUGUGUCUUCUCCAACCACAGAAAUCCUUACAACAGUCACUGAACCUGGAACUUCAACAGACCUUGUGUCUUCUCCAACCACAGAACUCCCUACCACAAGCACUGAACCUGGAACUUCCAAAGACAUUGUGUCUUCUCCAACCACAGAACUCCCUACUACAAGCACUGAACCUGGAACUUCCACAGACCUUGUGUCGUCUCCAACCACAGAACUCUUUACCACAAGCAAUGAACCUGGAACUUCCACAGACCUUGUGUCUUCUCCAACCACAGAACUCCCUACCACAAUCACUGAACCUGGAACUUCCACAGGCCUUGUGUCUUCUCCAAUCACAGAACUCCCUACCACAAGCACUGAACCUGGAACUUCCACAGACCUUGUGUCUUCUCCAACCACAGAACUCCCUAUGACAAGCACUGAACCUGGAACUUCCACAGACCUUUUGUCCUCUCCAACCACAGAACACCUUACCACAAGCAAUGAAUCUGGAACUUCCACAGACCUUGUUUCUUCUUCAACCACAGAACUCCCUACCACAAGCACUGAACCUGGAACUUCCACAGACCUUGUGUCUUCUCCAACCACAGAACUCUCUACCACAAGCACUGAACCUGGAACUUCCACAGACCUUGUGUCUUCUCCAACCACAGAACUCCCUACCGCAAGCACUGAACCUGGAACUUCCACAGACCUUGUGUCUUCUCCAACCACAGAACUCCCUACCACAAGCAAUGAACCUGGAACUUCCACAGACCUUGUGUCUUCUCCAACCACAGAACUCUUUACCACAAGCAAUGAACCUGGAAAUUCCACAGACCUUGUGUCUUCUCCAACCACAGAAAUCCCUACCACAAUCACUGAACCUGUAAGUUCCGCAGACCUUGUGUCUUCUCCAACCACAGAACUCCCUACCACAAGCACUGAACCUGGAACUUCCACAGACCUUGUGUCUUCUCCAACCACAGAACUCCCUACCACAAGCACUGAACCUGGAACUUCCACAGACCUUGUGUCUUCUCCAACCACAGAACUCUUUACCACAAGCAAUGAACCUGGAAGUUCCACAGACCUUGUGUCUUCUCCAACCACAGAAAUCCCUACCACAAUCACUGAACCUGGAACUUCCACAGACCUUGUGUCUUCUCCAACCACAGAACUCCCUACCACAAGCACUGAACCUGGAACUUCCACAGACCUUGUGUCUUCUCCAACCACAGAACUCCCUACUACAAGUACUGAACCUGGAACUUCCACAGACAUUGUGUCCUCUCCAACCACAGAACUCCCUACCACAAGCACUGAACCUGGAACUUCCACAGGCCUUGUGUCUUCUCAAAUCACAGAACUCCCUACCACAAGCACUGAACCUGGAACUUCCACAGACCUUGUGUCUUCUCCAAACACAGAACUCCCUACAACAAGCACUGAACCUGGAACUUCCACAGACUUUGUGUCUUCUCCAGCCACAGAACUCCCUACCACAAGCACUGAACCAGGAACUUCCACAGACCUUGUGUCUUCUCCAACCACAGAACUCCCUACCACAAGCACUGAACCUGGAACUUCCACAGACCUUGUGUCUUCUCCAACCACAGAACUCCCUACCACAAGCACUGAACCUGGAACUUCCACAGAUCUUUCAUCUUCUCCAACCACAGAACUCCCAACCACAAGCACUGAACCUGGAACUUCCACAGACCUUGUGUCUUCUCCAACCACAGAACUCCCUACCAGAAGUACUGAACCUUUAACUUCCACAGACCUUGUGUCGUCUCCAACCACAGAAAUCCCUACAACAAUCACUGAACCUGGAACUUCCUCAAACCUUGUGUCUUCUCCAAACACAGAACUCCCUACAACAAGCACUGAACCUGGAACUUCCACAGACUUUGUGUCUUCUCCAGCCACAGAACUCCCUACCACAAGCACUGAACCAGGAACUUCCACAGACCUUGUGUCUUCUCCAACCACAGAACUCCCUACCACAAGCACUGAACCUGGAACUUCCACAGACCUUGUGUCUUCUCCAACCACAGAACUCCCUACCACAAGCACUGAACCUGGAUCUUCCACAGACCUUGUGUCUUCUCCAACCACAGAACUCCCUACUACAAGUACUGAACCUGGAACUUCCACAGACCUUGUGUCCUCUCCAACAACAGAACUCUUUACCACAAGCAAUGAACCUGGAACUUCCACAGACCUUGUGUCUUCUCCAACCACAGAGCUCCCUACCACAAUCACUGAACCUGGAACUUUCACAGGCCUUGUGUCUUCUCCAAUAACAGAACUCCCUACCACAAGCACUGAAACUGGAACUUCCACAGACCUUGUGUCUUCUCCAACCACAGAACUCCCUACGACACGCACUGAACCUCGAACUUCCACAGACCUUGUGUCUUCUCCAACUACAGAACUCCCUACCACAAGCACUGAACCUGGAACUUCCACAGACCUUGUGUCUUCUCCAACAACAGAACUCCCUACCACAAGCACUGAACCUGGAACUUCCACAGACCUUGUGUCUUCUCCAACCACAGAACUCUUUACCUCAAGCAAUGAACCUGGAACUUCCACAGACCUUGUGUCUUCUCCAACCACAGAACUCCCUACCACAAGCAAUGAACCUGGAACUUCCACAGACAUUGUGUCUUCUCCAAUCACAGAACUCCCUACUACAAGCACUGAACCUGGAACUUCCCCAGACCUUGUGUCUUCUCCAACCACAGAACUCUUUACCACAAGCACUGAACCUGGAACUUCCACAGACCUUGUGUCUUCUCCAACCACAGAACUCUUUACCACAAGCAAUGAACCUGGAACUUCCACAGACCUUGUGUCUUCUCCAACCACAGAACUCCCUACCAAAAGCACUGAACCUGGAACUUCCACAGACCUUGUGACUUCUCCAGCUACAGAACUCCCUACCACAAGCACUGAACCUGGAACUUCCACAGACCUUGUGUCUUCUCCAACCACAGAACUCCCUACCACAAGCACUGAACCUGGAACUUCCACAGACCUUGUGUCAUCUCCAACCACAGAACUCCCUACCACAAGCACUGAACCUGGAACUUCCACAGACCUUGUGUCUUCUCCAACCACAGAACUCUCUACCACAAGCACUGAACCUGGAACUUCCACAGACCUUGUGUCUUCUCCAACCACAGAACUCCCUACCGCAAGCACUGAACCUGGAACUUCCACAGACCUUGUGUCUUCUCCAACCACAGAACUCCCUACCACAAGCAAUGAACCUGGAACUUCCACAGACCUUGUGUCUUCUCCAACCACAGAACUCUUUACCACAAGCAAUGAACCUGGAAAUUCCACAGACCUUGUGUCUUCUCCAACCACAGAAAUCCCUACCACAAUCACUGAACCUGUAAGUUCCGCAGACCUUGUGUCUUCUCCAACCACAGAACUCCCUACCACAAGCACUGAACCUGGAACUUCCACAGACCUUGUGUCUUCUCCAACCACAGAACUCCCUACCACAAGCACUGAACCUGGAACUUCCACAGACCUUGUGUCUUCUCCAACCACAGAACUCUUUACCACAAGCAAUGAACCUGGAAGUUCCACAGACCUUGUGUCUUCUCCAACCACAGAAAUCCCUACCACAAUCACUGAACCUGGAACUUCCACAGACCUUGUGUCUUCUCCAACCACAGAACUCCCUACCACAAGCACUGAACCUGGAACUUCCACAGACCUUGUGUCUUCUCCAACCACAGAACUCCCUACUACAAGUACUGAACCUGGAACUUCCACAGACAUUGUGUCCUCUCCAACCACAGAACUCCCUACCACAAGCACUGAACCUGGAACUUCCACAGGCCUUGUGUCUUCUCAAAUCACAGAACUCCCUACCACAAGCACUGAACCUGGAACUUCCACAGACCUUGUGUCUUCUCCAAACACAGAACUCCCUACAACAAGCACUGAACCUGGAACUUCCACAGACUUUGUGUCUUCUCCAGCCACAGAACUCCCUACCACAAGCACUGAACCAGGAACUUCCACAGACCUUGUGUCUUCUCCAACCACAGAACUCCCUACCACAAGCACUGAACCUGGAACUUCCACAGACCUUGUGUCUUCUCCAACCACAGAACUCCCUACCACAAGCACUGAACCUGGAACUUCCACAGAUCUUUCAUCUUCUCCAACCACAGAACUCCCAACCACAAGCACUGAACCUGGAACUUCCACAGACCUUGUGUCUUCUCCAACCACAGAACUCCCUACCAGAAGUACUGAACCUUUAACUUCCACAGACCUUGUGUCGUCUCCAACCACAGAAAUCCCUACAACAAUCACUGAACCUGGAACUUCCUCAAACCUUGUGUCUUCUCCAAACACAGAACUCCCUACAACAAGCACUGAACCUGGAACUUCCACAGACUUUGUGUCUUCUCCAGCCACAGAACUCCCUACCACAAGCACUGAACCAGGAACUUCCACAGACCUUGUGUCUUCUCCAACCACAGAACUCCCUACCACAAGCACUGAACCUGGAACUUCCACAGACCUUGUGUCUUCUCCAACCACAGAACUCCCUACCACAAGCACUGAACCUGGAACUUCCACAGACCUUGUGUCUUCUCCAACCACAGAACUCCCUACUACAAGUACUGAACCUGGAACUUCCACAGACCUUGUGUCCUCUCCAACAACAGAACUCUUUACCACAAGCAAUGAACCUGGAACUUCCACAGACCUUGUGUCUUCUCCAACCACAGAGCUCCCUACCACAAUCACUGAACCUGGAACUUUCACAGGCCUUGUGUCUUCUCCAAUAACAGAACUCCCUACCACAAGCACUGAAACUGGAACUUCCACAGACCUUGUGUCUUCUCCAACCACAGAACUCCCUACGACACGCACUGAACCUCGAACUUCCACAGACCUUGUGUCUUCUCCAACUACAGAACUCCCUACCACAAGCACUGAACCUGGAACUUCCACAGACCUUGUGUCUUCUCCAACAACAGAACUCCCUACCACAAGCACUGAACCUGGAACUUCCACAGACCUUGUGUCUUCUCCAACCACAGAACUCUUUACCUCAAGCAAUGAACCUGGAACUUCCACAGACCUUGUGUCUUCUCCAACCACAGAACUCCCUACCACAAGCAAUGAACCUGGAACUUCCACAGACAUUGUGUCUUCUCCAAUCACAGAACUCCCUACUACAAGCACUGAACCUGGAACUUCCCCAGACCUUGUGUCUUCUCCAACCACAGAACUCUUUACCACAAGCACUGAACCUGGAACUUCCACAGACCUUGUGUCUUCUCCAACCACAGAACUCUUUACCACAAGCAAUGAACCUGGAACUUCCACAGACCUUGUGUCUUCUCCAACCACAGAACUCCCUACCAAAAGCACUGAACCUGGAACUUCCACAGACCUUGUGACUUCUCCAGCUACAGAACUCCCUACCACAAGCACUGAACCUGGAACUUCCACAGACCUUGUGUCUUCUCCAACCACAGAACUCCCUACCACAAGCACUGAACCUGGAACUUCCACAGACCUUGUGUCUUCUCCAACCACAGAACUCCCUACCACAAGCACUGAACCUGGAACUUCCACAGACCUUUUGUCCUCUCCAACCACAGAACUCCCUACCACAAGCAAUGAAUCUGGAACUUCCACAGACCUUGUUUCUUCUUCAACCACAGAACUCCCUACCACAAGCACUGAACCUGGAACUGCCACAAACCUUGUGUCUUCUCCAACCACAGUACUCUUUACCACAAGCACUGAACCUGGAACUUCCACAGACCUUGUGUCCUCUCCAAUUACAGAACUCUUUACCACAAGCAAUGAACCUGCAACUUCCACAGACUUUGUUUCCUCUCCAAUCACAGAACUCCCUAAUACAAGCACUGAACCUGUAACUUCCACAGACCUUGUGUCUUCUCCAACCACAGAACUCUUUACCACAAGCACUGAACCUGGAACUUCCACAGACCUUGUGUCUUCUCCAACCACAGAACUCUUUACCACAAGCAAUGAACCUGGAACUUCCACAGACCUUGUGUCUUCUCCAACCACAGAACUCCCUACCAAAAGCACUGAACCUGGAACUUCCACAGACCUUGUGACUUCUCCAGCUACAGAACUCCCUACCACAAGCACUGAACCUGGAACUUCCACAGACCUUGUGUCUUCUCCAACCACAGAACUCCCUACCACAAGCACUGAACCUGGAACUUCCACAGACCUUGUGUCAUCUCCAACCACAGAACUCCCUACCACAAGCACUGAACCUGGAACUUCCACAGACCUUUUGUCCUCUCCAACCACAGAACUCCCUACCACAAGCAAUGAAUCUGGAACUUCCACAGACCUUGUUUCUUCUUCAACCACAGAACUCCCUACCACAAGCACUGAACCUGGAACUGCCACAAACCUUGUGUCUUCUCCAACCACAGUACUCUUUACCACAAGCACUGAACCUGGAACUUCCACAGACCUUGUGUCCUCUCCAAUUACAGAACUCUUUACCACAAGCAAUGAACCUGCAACUUCCACAGACUUUGUUUCCUCUCCAAUCACAGAACUCCCUAAUACAAGCACUGAACCUGUAACUUCCACAGACCUUGUGUCUUCUCCAACCACAGAACUCCCUAUAACAAGCACUAAACCUGGAACUUCCACAGACCUUGUGUUUUCUCCAACCACAGAACUCCCUACCACAAGCACUGAACCUGGAACUUCCACAGACCUUGUGUCAUCUCCAACCACAGAACUCCCUACCACAAGCACUGAACCUGGAACUUCCACAGACCUUUUGUCCUCUCCAACCACAGAACUCCCUACCACAAGCAAUGAAUCUGGAACUUCCACAGACCUUGUUUCUUCUUCAACCACAGAACUCCCUACCACAAGCACUGAACCUGGAACUGCCACAGACCUUGUGUCUUCUCCAACCACAGUACUCUUUACCACAAGCACUGAACCUGGAACUUCCACAGACCUUGUGUCCUCUCUAAUUACAGAACUCUUUACCACAAGCAAUGAACCUGCAACUUCCACAGACUUUGUUUCCUCUCCAAUCACAGAACUCCCUAUUACAAGCACUGAACCUGUAACUUCCACAGACCUUGUGUCUUCUCCAACCACAGAACUCCCUAUAACAAGCACUAAACCUGGAACUUCCACAGACCUUGUGUCUUCUCCAACCACAGAACUCCCUACCACAAGCACUGAACCUGGAACUUCCACAGACCUUGUGUCUUCUCCAACCACAGAACUCCCUACCACAAGCAUUGAACCUGAAACUUCCACAGACCUUGUGUCUUCUCCAACCACAGAACUCCCUAUGACAAGCACUAAACCUGGAACUUCCACAGACCUUGUGUCUUCUCCAACCACAGAACUCCCUACCACAAGCACUGAACCUGGAACUUCCACAGACCUUGUGUCUUCUCAAACCACAGAACUCCCUACCACAAGCAUUGAACCUGGAACUUCCACAGACCUUGUGUCUUCUCCAACCACAGAACUCCCUACCACAAGCACUGAACCUGGAACUACCACAGACCUUGUGUCUUCUCCAACCACAGCACUCCCUACCACAAGCAAUGAACCUGGAACUUCCACAGACCUUGUGUCUUCUUCAAUCUCAGAACUCCCUACCAAAAGCACUGAACCUGGAACUUCCACAGACCUUGUGUCUUCUCCAAUCACAGAACUCCCUACCACAAGCACUGAACCUGAAACUUCCACAGACCUUGUGUCUUCUCCAAUCACAGAACUCCCUACCACAAGCACUGAACCUGGAACUUCCACAAACCUUGUGUCUUCUCCAACCAAAGAACUCCCUACCACAAGCACUGAACAUGGAAGUUCCACAGACCUUGUGUCUUCUCCAACCAAAGAACUCCCUACCACAAGCACUGAACAUGGAAGUUCCACAGACCUUGUGUCUUCUCCUACCACAGAAUCUCUUGCCACAAGCACUGGAUCUGAAACUUCUGCAGGCCUUGUGUCUUUUCAAACCACAGAAUCUGUUAGUACGAGCACUGGACAUGGAACUUCUAAAGACCUAAUGUCUUCUCCAACCACAGAAUCUCCUGCCACAAGCGCUGUAACUGGAUCUUCUGCAGACCUUGUGUCUUCUACAACCACACAAUCCCCUGCCACAAGCUCUGGACCUGGAACCUCUCCAGACCAUUUCUCUUCUCUAACAACAGAAUCUUCUUUCACGAGUACUGGACCUGGAACUUCUGCAGAACGUGCAUCUUCUGCAACCACAGAAUCCUUUGCCACAAGCACUGGACCUGGAACUUCUGCAAACCUUAUCUCUUCUCAAACCACAGAAUCCUUUGUUACUAGCAGUAGACCUGGAACUUCCGCAGACCUUGCAUCCUCUCAGACAACAGAAUCUCCUGCCACAAGCAGUAGACCUGGAACUUCUGCAGAUCUUGUCUCUUCUCCAAACACAGAACCCCCUGCCAUGAGCUCUGGACCUGGUACUUCUGCAAACCUUAUCUCUUCUCCAACCACAGAAUCUUUUAUCACGAUCAGUAGACCUGGAACUUCUUCGAAUGUUGUCUCUUCUGCAACCACAGAAUCUCUUGCCACGAGCUCUGGACCUGAAACUUCUGCAGGCCUUGUGUCUUCUCAAACCACAGAAUCUCUUGCUACAAGCACAGGACCUGCAACUUCUGCACAUUUUGUCUCUUCUACCACAGAAUCCCAUGCCAUGAGUACUGGAUCUGGAACUUCUGCAGGACUUGUCUUUUCUUCCACCACAAAAUCCCCUGCCACAAGCUCUGGACCUGGAACUUCUAAAGACCUUAUCUCUUCUUCAACCACAGAAUCUCCUGCCACAAACACUGGACCUGGAACUUCUGCAAACCUUAUCUCUUCUCCAACCACAGAAUCCUUUGUCACGAGCAGUAGACCUGGAACUUCUGCAGGACUUGUCUCUUCUCCAACCACAGAAUCUCCUGCCACGAGCACUGGACCUGGAAUGUCUGCAGACCUUGUGUCUUCUCAAACCACAGAAUCCUCUGCUACAAGCACAGGACCUGCAACUUCUGAACAGUUAGUCUCUUCUACCACAGAAUCUCAUGCCAUAACAGUAGACCUGGAACUUCUGCAGAUCUUGUCUCAUCUCCAACAACAGAAUCCCCUGCUACAAGCUCUGGACCUGGAACUUCUAAAGACCUUAUCUCUUCUUCAACCACAGAAUCUCCUGCCACAAACACUGGACCUGGAACUUCUGAAAACCUUAUCUCUUCUCCAACCACAGAAUACUUUGUCACGAGCAGUAGACCUGGAACUUCUGCAGGACUUGUCUCUUCUCCAACCACAGAAUCUCCUGCCACGAGCACUGGACCUGGAAUGUCUGCAGACCUUGUGUCUUCUCAAACCACAGAAUCCUCUGCUACAAGCACAGGACCUGCAACUUCUGAACAGUUAG